CCUUCUUCUCUUUUCCUAAUUACCAUUUCAUUUCCCCCAAUUCAUCUUUCUCUCUCUCUCUCUCUCUAGAGGAGGGGCAGCAGCAGCUUCGCCUCUCUCUCAAAUAUUCCGCGUGCAAAACCGAAUCGAAGGAACCAAGUUUGAUCUUCUGGAAUUCAAAAGAUUCGGGUUUCCUGUUGGAAUCGAUCUUCUUUUCUUCGAUGGACUCCUCCUUGCUGUUAUAUUCAUAUUCUAUAGCCCUUUUUCUCUCCGUUGGAUGAUGAGCUAGUGGGCUUUGAUGCUAUGUAUAGUUGAUUUGUGUAUAUGAGCUUGUUUCAUACCAGUUUCAGCUAUUUGUUACUUCUCCAAACGAAAUUUUGGAGCUUCACAUUCAUUCAAUUGUUCCCCUGGGGGGUGGAGAAUUUAGUUAUUUUAAAAUUGAAAACUCAAUGCCUAAGGAGAGAAGAGAUAGUUCCUUGUCACAUGAUAGUAGCAGAACAUCACCUUAUCCAAGCAGCUCUAUUCCUGUCAGGAGAUCUGCAUCUAGAACUCCUUUAGAGUCUGAGGAAAAUGUUAAAGAAUGGGAAGAAGCUAGGUGUCCAGUUUGCAUGGAGCACCCUCACAAUGCAGUUCUCCUCAUUUGUUCAUCCCAUGAGAAGGGGUGUCGCCCUUACAUGUGCAACACCAGCCAUCGCCACUCAAACUGUCUUGAUCAGUUCUGCAAGUCAUUUGCAGCAGAAACCUCGCCUACCAUUUCUCAAGUAGCAAGUCAGAUUUCAAACACUAACUCGACUCUCGUCCAGGCUACAGAAGUAAUUACCAUUGAUGAUGUGCAAGAAGAAAGAAGUGAGGGGUCCAUUACAGCACAUUCCUUAUCUUAUGAGGAUGAGGCAAAAUCAAAGCUAGUAUGUCCUCUGUGUCGAGGUCAAAUAAAACAGUGGAAAGUUGUUGAAGCUGCUCGUUGUUUCAUGAAUGAAAAAUUAAGGAGCUGUUCAUGUGAGACUUGCAACUUCAGUGGUUCUUAUACGGAUCUUAGAAAGCAUGCAAGGCUUGAACACCCUCUUGUGCGCCCAUCUGAGGUAGACCCAGACCGGCAGCGUAACUGGAGAAGGUUGGAGCGACAGAGGGAUCUUGGGGAUCUGCUAAGCACAUUUCAAUCAUCCUUUGGGGAAAAUAGGGUUGAGGAUGGCAUUCCUCCCAUUGAUGAUGGUGGUUUGCUAGCUGUGUUUUUCCUUAUUCUUCAACCUACUUCUAUGUCAAGGGGUACUGCAGGAACCAGACUAAUGCGAAUAAGGAGGAGAUCUACUAGGCUCUGGGGGGAAACCCUUGAAGGGCAAUCUGGAUCUCCUUCUAGAGAUGAUGAAAAUGAGUCUUCAGAUGGGGGUUCAGAUCACUUGAGGCAUAGUGUUAGGAGACGGGUAACUCCUGAUGAUGAGCAGUGAUUUGGAAGAUCAAGUGUUUCUAUUGGAAUUCUUUAAAUGUUCUUAAGCAGGUGGAACAAAAGAAUAGAAAAAGGGGAGUUUUCGGUGUGCAUCUUGAAAGCUGCUACAUCCUGUGAGGAUUAGUUCUGGGUUUGCAGUGCUGAUUAACUGGGAUUAUGAUCCUGUAAUGUAUAUUUAAUAUUUUGUCCUUCCCUAUCUUUGCUGCAAUUUCUCGUUGAUUUUAACGAUUGAGGUUAAAAUAAGAUUUCACUCUUGCCGUUACUUUAGCAGUUGUCCGGUUGCCAAGGACAU